AUGAUGUGGAGGAAAUUGUUGCGUUCACACGCGCGUUCAUUCGCCACACGUGCGUCGCACUCCCACCACAACAACCACCGCGAAAAUCACAAGUUCCUCUCGCCGAGCUCCUUUGUUGGAAGCUGGCAAGCUCCGAAGGAUCCUAAGGAAGCUGAAGCUAUGCUUGCUCAGCUUCGGAGAGACUAUGCAAAGCAAGUGAAGGAGGUUCGGAAGGAAUACAUAAGAGAAAUGGAGGCUAUGGCGUUGGAGAAGCAACGGAAGGAUGAGGCUCGGAGGGAAUUGCUUAGAGUUGCUAAUGAAGAGCGGAAGAAACUUAAGGCUCAGGCUGCAGAAGUUAGGGCUCAGGAACGGAAUAUUGCUCAACAACAGUUUCGAGAAACUCUUUUAAAAGAGAGAGCAGAGAAACUUGAAAAUUGGAGAAUGAAAGCCAAGAAGCAUGAAGAGAAGAAGGCCGAGAAGAAAGAAUUAUUGCAUAAACGAAGUUCAUUGUGGGUUGAUGAAGCCGAACUUGAGAAGGAAAUAACAAAUGUUGUAAUUGCUACAACGUAUCUUUGA